AUGAGGCUGCAGAUGAUAAGUAAUCUAAAAAAUAAAUACAAUAAGGUUGUCCGAGCCAAAUGUUUGGACGUGCUCAGUUACUUUUAUCCUGAGAGAGAUAACGUUGGAGCCACAGUCCAGAUGAUUUUGCUUGGUGCCUUAGUGGAAAGCCUAGCCACCAAGAACCAGCAUCUGAAGGAGACCAGAGCUCAGCAGGAAAAGCUGAUCAGAUAUUUGGAACAGCAGAAAGCGGCUUAUCCCCAGGUCCUGUUGCAUUGUUUAGGCCUCCUAAAACAAUUGGCUCAUGAGUUUUGCCGUGUCCAGUCCAAACUGGACUAGCUCAACACCCAGUAUAUGGAGAUUAAACGCAAUGCAUUGUUGCUGAAGAUAUGGUUUAAGGGACUGAAGAUCGUAUCAGAAACUUACACACCUGAGAUAGUGAAUGUGCAUCAGGUGAUCAGGGACAAACAGCAAGGUGGCUUGAACCAGGAAGAACAAGAUCUAGUCAUUUCCCACAAGAUCCUUUUGAAUUACGAGAUCCUGGGGCCGGAAUUUGAGGAGUUAAUAAAAGAAUACAUGCGGUUGCAAGAAAUUCUUCAGAACCGCUGGUGGGUGCUGACCGAAUUGAACAAAGCCUGA